AUGACGCAGCCACUUCGGGUGACGGACCUGACUUCUUUGCAGUCUUUGCAUAGGCUGCGCGUGAACAAACAUCUGAGUCAGGGUAAAAUCCAACCUUAUGUGAUCACCGCCUCGAGCGCCGUUGGCUCGGGCCAGAGCGAGAGUCUCAGGAGGAACCUGAGCACGGCGAAGGGCAUCGACCCUCCCGCGGCAGGGGAAGGCCUCCCUGCAGAGGUUGCCCCCCUCACAAGUCUUGCUCACGCGCGCGCCCUCACGGAGAAGGAGGCUGCCGAGAACCCUCCUGAAGGGCCGUACUUUGUGGUGCCGCCGGCGACCCACGUGACCACGAGAGCCGGACAGGCGGCGGCGCUCACCUGCAUCGUCAAGCAGUUGGGUGACAGACAGUGGAUCCGUGGCCGCGACCUGCACGUGCUCAGCUCGGGUCUUGUCGCCUUCUCGUCCGACUCGCGGGUCAGCGUGGCCAACGUGGGCGACUCGUGGACGCUGACGGUGCGCUACACGCAGCCGCGCGACGCCGGAUCCUACUCGUGCCAAGUCAACACGCAGCCGCGCAUCGCCACCUGGUACAACCUCACGGUCGUCGAAGCGCGAGCCAACAUCCAGGGGAAGGAAACGCUGUACGUGCAGAGCGGAAGCACCGUGACGCUCGAGUGCGUCAUACGGGAGGAACUUGUCAUUCCCGGUUUGGUUCUGUGGUACCAGGACGACCGCCUGGUGGAUCGGGGCUCGGGGCGCGUCACGGUGGACACCACGGUGGGCGACGUGACCACCAGCAAGCUCACCGUGGCCGUGGCCGAGAAGAGGGAUUCCGGCAACUACUCGUGCUGGCCUUCCGCCGGCCGCCCCGACAGCGUCAUCGUCCACGUGAUCCAAGGUAACGCCGCCGAAACUCCUUCAGACUUUCUCGCCGUGUAGGCCGGGCUUACCAGUAGCCCUUUUCUAGGUUGCAGCUCUCUGCGCGCAUGUUGCAGAGGUUUCAUUUUGGAUUUUUUGUUAGGCAUGCGCGAUUUCUCUCUUUCUUGCCCGGGUCCCAUCGCCUCCGUUGUCGCACAUCAACUUGCACAGAGUAAACGCCUACUCAUGUUCAGCUUUUCAUCUUCCAUCCUCCUUCUAGGGUUUGGUGCCUUGAAUUACUCUAAUGCUCUAGUUAGUAAAAUAUAAUUCUCCAUCACACUCGUACCUAUCAUACUUACUUUAUCUCAAGUGAAUUCUACCGAGUAAAAAUAAAUCAAGAAUCGGGGUGCACAUGAUUGCCACAAACCCUUGUAAACGUCCUUGCUUUCGCCUCCACUUUCUCAGCAACUAAUGUCGUGACCCAGUUCAUUCCCGAGUCACGUCCGGUACCCCAUCAAACACCGUACUCCUAUCCUGAGCUUUACGCUAAGACUCCCUAAAGCCCAUAAGCACCCUUAGCUUCGCAUUGGCAUUCUCCGCAU